CUGAACAGCUGAACUGUGCCAGUUGUCGUCCACCCGCCAGCAUCGGCAGCAUUGUCAUCCGUCGUUGGUCGUUCAGCUGGACUGGCAUCCGACAUCGGUUCGAUGUGUGACACUGAGGGAAGGGACUGACUUGACUGACUGCCACGGGGCCGCUGGAUGCGGGAUGUAGAAAAUUGGAUAACAUCACAACUGACGAAACGACGCGCUGCUGGAAGUGCGAAAGAUUUGUUGCUCGAUUCCUAUCACAACCGUCGCCGCGGAUAGACGUGUUCCAGUGCGCGCGCGAUCUUCGCCCUCCGACUGUCGACUACUUGACGGAUGUGUGGAAGAAUCAGGUGUCCUCGCUGGAUGUUUGUAGUGUUUUCGUUUUUUUUUCUGUAGAAUCUGAAAAUUGAAAUGAUUCCGUUUAGCAACAGUGGGACAAGUUUCGGAUUGGAAAAUUGACAACAAAAACGAAUCGUUGAAAAAGACGAAAGUGCCGUUGAAAGCUGCGAUAUUGUGCAAGACAAACAGGCUGUCAAAUAAGCUAAACCGAACUGAUGUGUAUAGUGUUUCAAGUCAGCAAAAGUGUACUCUCACCUGGAAUUCUCACAUUCUAGUGCUUCAACGAGGCACGUGAUUCUGACCGAGUGCUUUUCAGGAUUACUAGUGAGCGGGCAAAAGCCUGCUAACCGACGACAAAAUUUUCACGGACGGAAAUAAGCUGGGUUCCGCCACUGGAGGUCGUGGAAUGUUCUGCUAUCACUGUCCACCGUCGCUGCACCCGGCAGGACCUCAUCCGCCUCGAUUACCUACGCUAGAAUAUCCGUUCGCACCGACCCAUCCGUACACCAGCUAUUCGUACCAUCCUGCAAUCCACGAUGAAAGUUUCGUGAGAAGGAAACAGCGCAGAAAUAGAACAACGUUCACUUUGCAACAGCUGGAAGAACUCGAGACUGCAUUCGCCCAAACUCACUAUCCCGACGUGUUCACCAGGGAAGACCUGGCGAUGAAAAUCAACCUCACCGAGGCCAGAGUGCAAGUUUGGUUCCAAAAUCGACGAGCCAAAUGGCGUAAGGCAGAAAGGUUGAAAGAGGAGCAACGGAAGCGAGGCGAUGGAUCCGAUCCGCAGUUAUUGAAUGAUAAGCUGGAAACCGAUAGCCGUGAUUCCAGUCCGGACAUUACCGGUGAUGCCGAUGAUGACGAUAUGCGAAGCUCCAGCGCACCACCGAUGAGUCCCCGGAUGGAUUCUGAGCCUGACAGACCACUUUCCACCAGUCAGUUACAUUCGAUAAAUCAAUCGGGAUCGAAUAGUGCUGGUACUCCGUCGCCUGGACUAAAAUACUCACAACAACCCGAACUGAGCCCAACACCAUCAAUGACGGCUGAUUCUCCCAUCGAAGUGGGUGGACCGAUUUCGCUUACAACGUCGACACGUGCUUCAGCCGAAGAUUCCAGUCCCCUACCGACGACCAGCAGCAGUGGAAGUGCAAGCGGACCAACGUCGUCGGCUACCAGCAGUGCUCCCAGCUUCAGUAGCCACCUAUUCGGCAGUUUCAGCGAGAGUAACGGCGGAUUCCGUCCGGUUCUGGACAAUGGACAGCCUAGAACGACGCCACCAUUGUUUCUGCCGCCACAUUUGGCAUCGCUCGGAUCCCAGUUUGCACCACCGCUGUUUCCCAAUCUAAAAGCUGCCUUUCCCAGUCUGUGUUCAUGCUGCCCGGUGAAAUCUCCCAUCACAUCCGGUUCGUCGACAUCCACCUCAUCGCCGAGCUGCACAUCUUCGGUACAUUCGCUAGCCACGACAGCGGCCAAUAGUACUCUCGGAACAACCGACCCGCGGUCCUCCUCGGUGGCUGAGCUUAGACGGAAGGCACAGGAACAUUCGGCCGCACUGCUGCAUUCGCUACAAGCAGCCGCUGCAGCUGGUUUAGCUUUUCCCGGUUUUCAUCUACCGCCGCUGUCUCUGCACACUGCCCUCAGCGGUGGUCGAAAGCCGAGUGAUUUCAUCAGUGACCUUUCGAUGCACCAUCAUUUGAGCAAUCAUGCCGCAGGACUGACCGCACUCGAGGCACACAAUCUGAACAACAAUAGCCCCAAUAGCACCAACCACAACACUUCCGGCAUGGGACAGGGUUCACCGAGACACAACGGCGACAAAUCUGGUAGUGAUUAAAGAAACAGUGGAUUUACCAGUCCAAAGCAAUUGUGAUGUUGAGCAAUGUCGAAGAAAUUUGUGUAAAUACUUAACUAUCGGAGAAAAAAAUAAUCUUUUCCCAGUUGUGCAGUUUCAUUCGUACUAUUAUUACAAAUAAUUCUUAGUGAGAAUAGUUUUAACACAUUGCAAUAAAACUUAGGAUUAGUGCAUUUGUUCACAUUGCUUACCCACCAUUAUUACUUAAUUGAGUUUGUUUUACUAUAGCGCAAGGUAGAUAGUUGAUCGAACCAUUCCUGGAAAGUAUUGCAAAAGAAGAAAUUCGAAUAUCAUUCCAUUAUUCAAUCCAGCAGAUUAAGUUGAUUAACUAUGCAGCUACUGUAAAUAAUCCAAGUUAUACGUAAGCACUUGCCAAACAAAAUCAAAAUUAGUAGAUAUAUAAUAAGUCAAGUAGAAAAAUCCGCUAGUGAAACCCAAAUUCCAACCAAUGUACAUCAACAAUCGAUUGUCGAAAUGAAAAUAGAAAACAUGUACAGAGAUAUUGCUUCAUCGAACACCGUUGACCGAAAAUGUAAAUUAAAAUAAUAGGUCGCAAAUGCUAUGUCAUUGCAAUUUAACAAACUAAUAAACAAAUAUCCAUCAUAAUACCUGAAA